GACAAAAAUGGCGAGACCCUUGCUCUGGCUGGCGCUCUUGUGCGCCUCCCUGACAUUCACCGCUUGCGCCGGCAUCCGCCUCGAGCUCGUCCACGUCGACGCCAGGGAGAACCGCACCGUGGCGGAGCGCGUGCGCCGCGCCACCGAGCGCACCCACCGCCGGCUGGCGUCCAUGGGCGAGGUGACCGCGCCCGUCCGCUGGGUGGAGACGCAGUACAUCGCCGAGUAUCUCAUCGGCGACCCGCCGCAGCGGGCCGAGGCCAUCAUCGACACAGGCAGCAACCUCAUCUGGACGCAGUGCGCCGCCUGCCGCCCCGCCGGCGGCUGCUUCAGCCAGAACCUCUCCUUCUACGACCCGUCCCGGUCGCGCACCGUCCAGCCCGUGGCGUGCAACGGCACCGCGUGCGCCCUCGGCUCCGAGACCCAGUGCACGCGCGACAGGUCGGCGUGCGCCGUCCUCACCGCCUACGGCGCCGGCGCCAUCGCCGGGGUCCUCAGCACCGAGGUCUUCACGUUCGGGUCGCAGAACGCGAGCCUCGCGUUCGGGUGCGUCAUCGCGUCGAGGCUCACACCGGGCUCCCUCGACGGCGCGUCCGGCAUCAUCGGGCUCGGCCGCGGCGCGCUCUCGCUGGUCUCCCAGCUCGGCGACACCAAGUUCUCCUACUGCCUCACGCCCUACUUCAGCGACGCCGUCAACACGAGCCGCCUGUUCGUCGGCGCGUCCGCCGGCCUCGGCGGCAACACACCGGUGACGUCCGUGCCGUUCGUCAAGAACCCGAGCGAUGACCUGUUCGGCACGUUCUACUUCCUGCCCCUGGCCGGGAUCACGGUCGGGAAAGCCAAGCUCGACGUCCCCGCCGCGGCGUUCGACCUCCGGCAGGUCGCGCCGGGGAAGUGGGCGGGCACGCUCAUCGACUCCGGCUCCCCGUUCACGAGCCUCGUCGACGUGGCGUACCAGGCGCUGAGGGCGGAGCUGGCGCGGCAGCUCGGCACCAGCCUCGUGCCGCCGCCGGCAAGAGGGUUGGACCUGUGCGUGGCGGGGGGGGACGCCGGCAAGCUGGUGCCGCCGCUGGUGCUCCACUUUGGAAGCGGCGGCGGCGCCGCUUCGGACGUGGUGGUGCCGCCGGAGAACUACUGGGCGCCCGUGGACGACACCACGGCGUGCAUGGUGGUGUUCAGCUCGGCGAGGCCGAACGCGACGCUGCCGGUCAACGAGACGACCAUCAUCGGCAACUACAUGCAGCAGAACAUGCACCUGCUCUACGACCUCGGCAAUGGCGUCCUCUCCUUCCAGCCGGCGGACUGCAGCGCCAUGUGAUGACGUGCAUGUCGCGCCGUCGUACGUCCAGCUGUACACCUGUCGUCUGCCUGUCUGUGUGCACACCAUAUGGAGGCAUUCUGUGGCGCUUGAUAUAUAUGCUACCUAAUUUGUAUUUGUCAAUUCGUUGUAUACGAAUUCAACAAAGAAAUAUGUUUUUUCCUGCAAAAAUAAAUAAA